CACCGGACCUCUCAGUGCACACUGCCAGGUUUCUCGAAUCCCAUUUGACGAGGAUUGAUGCCUGCCCGGCCUCCGAAACUCGCUUCCAUCCACAGCAAACAUCUGAGAUCUCCCCUACCUUACGUCCCUUGUAAGGUUCCCUCUUUGCACUCUCGCGCUGUUCGCUUGAUCGUCUUCAUUCACGGUGGCCUCGGUUUCCGAUCUGUCCUUACUGCAUCGAGCCCUAUUGCGCGUCCUUCCAUCCCUCUUGCCCAGCCCUUCCCGCCGUCAUUGAGGGGCCCUGUGCGGUUAGUCCGGCGACCUUGUUGAGCAACUUGCACAGUUAAUUCCUGCUUAAUCCCUAUGCUUGCUUCCUCAUGUACCU